AUGGAUCGAUUGAAAGCUCUGUGGAAAUAUAUACGACCAUUAGCUAUUAUGCUCUUCAUCAAUAUAGCAUUACCUUUGGCUUUGUAUUAUAUUUUAAAAAUUUGGUUAAGUGUUCUAGUUGCAUUAAUUUUAUCUGGUAUCCCUCCUUUUUUACAUGUCAUUUAUCGAUUUUGGAAGAGCAAACAAUUUGAUAUUAUUGGCUGUAUUUGUGUAAUCUCUUAUAUUACUUCAGCUGUGCUUUCACUCAUUACUAAGAACGUGAGAUUGAAUUUACUUCGUGAUUCUUUUACGAAUGCACUUAUCAGUUUAUUAUUCUUUGUGACCUUAAUUCCAAUACAUACUCGUUGGUGUAAAGUACGACCUCUUAUAUUCCUUAUAACGCAACAAAUGUUAUCUGAACGGCCCGAUGUAGAAUGGACUGAUAGUCAAGAUGAGAAACACACUAUGAAUCGCUCAGAAUGGUUAUGGGAAUAUGUUCCAGCUUUUCGAAAAUUUUGUUAUGUGCUGACUGCCGCUUGGAGUGCGGCACUGAUGUUAGAAUUUAUAAUCAAAAUCAUCUUUAUUGAAGCCACACAUUUAACCAUAGAUCAAAUUAUUCUUUAUGGCAAUAUCAUUAUUGCCGUCAUAACUGUCUCGAUGACUAUUAUUACCAUACUCGGUAGACGAUUCAUUUAUAAAAGAAUAAUCUCUACUGCAAAGGAAUGGCAUAAGCAGAAUAAUUAUAGUAAUCGGUUAUGA